AUGAAAUCACAUAAAGAAGAGGAAGAGUUAAGUUAUGACGAGCAAUUAAAAGAAGAGGAGAAAUUGAAUUAUGACGAACAACUAGAAGAAGAGAAGGAGUUUAAUUACGAAGAACAACUUGAAGAAGAGGAGUUGAGUUAUGACAAACAACUUGAAGAAGAAGAGGAGUUUGGUUAUGAAGAAUAA